AUGCAAGAAAACAGAAAAUAAAAACUAAAAUCUUAAGAUUCUGAAAGAAGCAUGAAGAAUGCUGCAAAUACAAUUACAAAAAUAACGAAUAAAAAAAUACAACAGUUGGCCUUUUUAACAUAAUUUCCAUAAGAGAGAAAAUAUACAAUGGUUGAUAAAGUGAAUAAGCUAAUUGAUUAAACACAAAGCAAAUUGAAGCAUUAACAAAUACCAAAGGAUGUUCAAUUUUAUUAAAGAAAUAUAAAGAAAUUUGAGAAUUUGUCAUCAUUCAUAAAUUCAAAAGGAUUAUUAUCAGCUAAUUUUAGUAUACCUAAAUUAAGGGUAAAGUAGAAAGUAGAUGAUUAAGAAUAAGAAUAUGUAGAUUAUUUACUUGCAAAAAAUUGUAAGAAUUAAACUAAUAUAGAUAAACUGUAAUAGGAGAGACAGAGAAGAAAAAGUAAAUAAGUGAAGGAAAACUAUGAGUAAUGUUGGGAAUUAGAAAAUUCCGAUUGUGACUUAGAAUCUCCAAUAAAUGUAGCGAAAGAAUUAUAAAUGGCUCAUUAAGAUUAGAUAAAAGGAGAAAUAGAAGCAAAAGCAAAAUUAUGGGAAUUAUAAUAAAUUCGUAUGUAUAAAAGGAAAACAAAUAAUAUUGAAUUAAAGAGUUCUUAAAGAACUUCUUAAUAUAAGAUUGAUGAAGAGGAUGAAAUAGUUGAAUAAUCAGAUCAAAUAAAUGCAUAAAAAUAUAAAUAACAAUCAGAUAAAGUGAUUAAAAUGAUUUGGAAUGCAGCUAAGAAAAUUUAUAACAAAAGGGAAGAUUAAAUAAAAAAAGAGAUAUUAAUGCAUUAAAUAGCUAAAAAAUAUAGAUAAAAAUAGAGAGAAAUAGCUAAGGAUUAAAUUAAUAAAAUGUUAAUGAGUAUUAUAAUUAUUAAUUUUUGAGCUGGUUAAAAACAGUAUAUGACUUUUGCUAAAACAACAAGACAUUUACCAGAGAAUGGUGAUUCAAAAUAAAUUACAGAACAUUUUUUUAGUAAAAAAGGGUCUACAGCUCGUAAAUUAUAAGCUCAUUAUUCAUUAUCUCCUACAAGUUAAUAGGAAGAUAUUAAAACUAAUAGAAAAAUAUCUUUAAUUAAUUCGAGAUUGCAUGACAUUGUUCAUCAAAUUGAUAAGAUACCUGUAGGAGAUCAAGCUCAAACAUUAAAAAAAAUGUAAAGUGAAUAAAUAUUUUAUUAAACAUUGAGAGAAACUCUAUAACCAGAUUAAAUCAAAGAUACAUUAAAAGGUCUAUUUCUACCAACAGAUCAUUUAUAUAAAAAGCCUUUACAAUAUAACAAGAAACACUUUUAAAAUUAAAUCUUAUGA